AUGCCAAGUGCCCAAGCUAUGGAAGAAGAGCUCCAACAGAGCGUCAUGCUCUCCGAUGAUGGGGCGUACGAUACUGGCGAUACUGGCGACCAAGCAGCGUCGUCUUCCGCCAGGGUUCGAUCGCGAAAAAACGUACAUGGGGAUGAUUCUGGCAGCGAAGAUGAAGAAUUAAGCGACCAAGAUGCUUCUGGGGAGGAACUGGAACAAGACGCCUCAGGCGAUGAAGACAACGACAUGCUCAACCAACAAAUUGUCGUCAGCAGUGCCACCCCAGGUGAUGGAGAAGAGUAUGACGAAGAUGCAGAAGGAGAAGAUGAUUUGGAUGAAGAAGUUGGUGCAGUGAAGGUGAAGCCCGCUGAUUCUGACGACGAUGAAAUGGAAAGCGACGAAUCGGAAGCGCAAAGUGCUGCCGAAGAGGACGAGUCCGAAGAAGACGAAGAAGACGAGGAGGGAGCAUGGGAGGAAGGCGAUGCAGGAGAUGAAGACGAAGAAUCGGACGCCGUACAGUUAAACACAUGCAUGUUUUGCAAACAAGACGAGGAAAAUGAUCCCAGCGAAGAUUUCGAAGCCUUUCUGGCUUGCACACGCUGUGGCGAGAAUGCACAUCAGCAAUGCGCCAGAGAUGCUGCUGCAAUGACUGAGGGAAACAAUUCAAAACGGUGGAAAUGUCCUGAUUGUUAUAAUGGCGACUCUGAAAGCGAGGGAGACGAUGACGAUGACGAUGCAGAUGGUAUUGAAGCUGCUAGCGCCGAUGAUGAGGAACAGGCAAAUUCCGAUAUACCACAUCGGUCGAAACUCGCGGAUGACAUUGCUUCCGCGGAAUUAGAGGACGGCAGCUCUGAUGGCCGCUCUGCACUGGACGAGCUAGCACUUGAUGACUACCCUGUGGACGGUUCUCGGCCACCGCGGAAACGCAAGUCAGGUUCUGCAGAACCAGAAGACGCUACAUUGGCUAUUAGAAAGCGCCGAAGGAACCAGUCGACUGACGUGACGGAUCGGGACGAUUCUGCUCGGGAGAGUCGUUCUGGAGACGCAGCAAGAGCUCCAUCGUCAAGAACCAUGCGGUUAAAGGUUACACGGCCGCCACCGGUGACUGUUGAAAAGCGGUCUCGUUCUUCUCUGGUUAUCAAAAUCGAAGUUCGGCCAGGCAACCUGAAGGAAAUACUAUCUAGACGGAAGCGAGAUCGACGACGCGGAGGGCCUAGCAGUUCUCGACCUCAGGCGCCACGGUCAGCACCAACUCGGCCCCUUGCCACUGUUGGAGGCGGUUCCGUUGGUGCCUCUGCAAAUCUACCGACACUCAUUUCUAACAUGCCAACCCCAUUUACUUCAGAAUCAUAUUCACAACCCUUCUAUUCGUUCUUUGAUAAAGAGACAGAAGAGAUGAAAGGAAAACCUUAUGGUGGCAUAUUAACAGAAGCUGAAGCAGACACCUCCAAAACCCUUCCGUCCCCCGAAGAUCGCAAGAAGUUUGAGCAAGCAAAGCAGAAGGCUGAGGACGAGUGGAGAGCCCGGAUUUUGGCAAUGCAGGCAGAAUCUGACUUGCCUAUUCGCAAGCCUAAGAAAGCAAGUGAUAACGCCAGUCAGAUUGAAUGCAUAGAAUUUGGAGGGUGGGAGAUCGACACCUGGUACGCAGCGCCGUAUCCGGCAGAGUACAGCAGAAAUCGCGUCUUGUACAUCUGCGAGUUCUGCUUAAAGUAUAUGAAUUCGGACUAUGUGGCCUGGCGCCACAAGUUGAAGUGUGGCACGAAGCACCCACCUGGCGACGAGAUAUACCGUCACCAAUCCGUCUCGAUAUUUGAAGUUGACGGCCGAAAGCAUCCCGUCUAUUGCCAAAAUCUCUGCCUGCUUGCAAAGCUAUUCCUCGGCUCCAAGACAUUGUACUACGAUGUAGAACCAUUUUUGUUCUACGUUCUUUGCGAGUUUGAUGAUACCGGCUAUCAUUUCGUGGGAUAUUUCUCAAAGGAGAAACGGGCUAGCAGUCAAAAUAAUGUGUCUUGUAUUUUGACGCUUCCGAUUCAUCAGAGAAAGGGUUACGGCAAUUUACUCAUUGACUUCUCCUAUCUUCUCACCAAAGCCGAAGAAAAAACGGGCUCUCCAGAAAAGCCACUCUCAGAUAUGGGUCUCGUCUCGUAUCGCAAUUACUGGCGCCUCGAACUUUGUCGAUAUUUCCUCAAGAACAUGGAAGGCGAUGCGGGUAAGCGCAGUGGUCUAAGUAUCAAGAAGAUAUCAAUCGAUACCGGAAUGACGCCAGACGACGUUGUUUCUGCCCUAGAAGGGUUGCGGGCAUUGGUGCGAGAUCCCCAGACACACUUGUACGCCUUCCGGGUGGACUUGGACUACUGUCGAAAUUACGUUGCCAAGUGGGAGUCAAAAGGCUACGUCCAAUUGAAGCCAUCGGCCCUCGCCUGGACAUCGUACGUCAUGGGUCGUAGCAACGUUGUCAACUUCGAGCUGGGUCCGCCAAUCAACACCAUUGCCCCUAGAGAGGACGAUGAGGCUAAAGUCCAAGAGGGAGCGGCAUUGGCAGCAGCUAAUCAGCAGAGCAAGCAAAGCAAAAUGAAUGGUGCUGGCAAGUCUGACUCGCAAGCAGAAUCUACUCUUGCUAGUCAACAAGACAGCGAACAACCCACGGAGCCGCCAGUCAAAUCUAUUGAGAAGAUCAAGCCUGAAGACAAGGAGAACGCUGAUCCGGAAGAUCAGGUUAUGGAGGAUGCCACAACCAACGCCGAGCCUGAAUCGUGGGACGCACCAUACAAAGACAUUCCUCCAUCUCGUUUCGACGUUUUCCCACCGAUCCCAGGAGGUCGGCGUGAUAGAAAUCGAGUCAGUGUGAGUCGACCGUCUGCUCCUCGCACUGGUAGCAGCUCAUCCGCUAGACCCAAAUCGCGGCCAAGCGGCAGCGCCAAGCGACCUUCCGCAAGUCGACCACGCAACAGCAGCUCGAGGAGGAAGUCAGGAGGGACAGGGCGCGGUCCUGGCCGAUGGCCUAAAGGAACCAAAAAGUCCGAUUAUGGUAACGCGGAUAGCGGACCAGGUCUCCCACCCGGCUGGAAAGAAAAGCAGGCUCGACUGCAAGCUCUGGCUGAGGGUAAAGACCCUUCAUCUACAGAAACUCCAGAGGAGAAGCCAGCACAGGAUGAAGUUCGUGUUCUGGUGGAUGCGAGUGAGACCAGCCAGCACAAAGCAGUGAAUGGCAAGUCCCAUCGUUCCGCGAGCGGUGCAAACUCCGGGCAAGCCAACGGAGAUGGGGAAUCGGACGAUGAAGACGUUGAUGCUGAAGGGGAAGACGAAUGA